AAAAAAGGUAAAGAAAAAAGGCAAAUAAAAAGGUAAAUAAAAAGAUAAAAGGUAAUUAAAAAGGCAAAGAAAAAGGGUAAAGAAAAUGGACACAAGCAGCAUGUCACCAUCACGUCCGAAUUUGCUUUCGCUCGAUGGGUGGCGCUUUGGCGGACUUGGUUUCGCUGCAUCGACUCCGUCCAGCGGAUUCCUCGAUCAGUCGUGUCCUGAGUCGCGCCAGUGUCAUCUGCGGCGCCGUGAUGGCAGGGCGGGGCACCAAGGGGUGGCGCUGCCUCGUCCUCCUGUGCUCCUUCCAAGCCGCCCUUGCUGCGGGUCUUGAUGAGGAACAAGCGUCUCAGUGUUCAGUAUUUUCCCCGGGACAUGACUUGGGUGGACGCUUUCCGCUGUACGUUGGAAUAUUCCCGGAGGAAGAAAACUGGAAAUGGGAGAUGGAAUUUAAGAACAAUGAGAGCAAGACAUUCCUCCGUUUCGACCUGCAGAGUGGAAAUGAAAAAUUAACGGCUCAGUUAACAUCAGGGCUUUACAGCGAGAUUCAUUCUUCGGAAGUGAAGUGGAGCGAAGACGCCUUCCCUUUGCGCGAGUGGUCUUACCUCGCCGUCUACGCUGACGGAGACCAUGUCGUAGUGGCCCAGAGGCAAGACGCCGGCGCUGCUGCUGUGAGGCUUAGUCUUGAUAAACACGCAUCCACGUGGUUCAGGAUUGCCUCUAAUGGAAACGUAACCCUCAACUGCAUGGAUGGACAUGACAUAACCUCUGAGUCUGAGCUUCUACAAGUGUCUGAGAACAAGACCUACUGCCUUCAGGCCGCCGGUCCACCUGUCACUUUGCCAAAUUGCAAUACGCCUUUGACAGUGACGAACGCGACUUGGUAUCGGAUUCAAGAGCUGGAAGGAAAUUACUCCGUCAGUGGUUUGAUCUUUGUGAUCGAAAACUGUUCUCUAAGACUUGAUACGACAAACACUACUUGCCAGCCAGAACAAGCAGGGGACUCAACCAUCUCUCUGGCCUUAAUGAGUACCCUAGCCGUAGUCGGUAUCCUGUUGAUAGUGUUUGUAUGUUACUGUAUUGUACGAGAAAUCAUUACUGAGUAUAGCCUUGAUUCUUUAGAACUUUAGAGGGAAAUAGAUCGUGGACAAGAAAUAAUGCGCAGUUGUGUUGUAGAGAAUGACAGCCAUGCAGAGGCGUGGCUCAUGAACUUGGUCGGUUACGUGGUUUAAGAUUUUAAGUAAGGAAGCAGUCAUACAGACAUGCUACACAUUC